AUGAAGGAUUGUCCAUCGGACAAGUACUUCCGACAGAUGUUCGCUCGCCAUCCAGACAUAACGGAGAAAAGGGCAGAGACUCUGGACAAGAUUCCUGACUCUUGGUUGUUCGGGGUCAGUGAGUCAGGUUUCAUUAACACAGACCUCUUCCAUAAAUGGUUUAUGAAAAUAUUCUUCGCAAACUGUUGGAGCGUACGACCAGUCCUGUUGAUCAUGGACAAUCAUGAUGCGCAUGUUCAUUUGCACACGAUCAAGGCUGCCAUAGAAAAUGAUGUGGUGUUGCUAGGACUGCCUGCCCACACGACCCACAUAAUGCAACCACAGGAUGUCAAGGUCAUUGGUCCAUUGAAGCUCGUUUUUCAAAGCUGGCGACGAAUAUUGGGUGUAGCUGGGACAGCGGCGGAGACGUGCCCAACCUGGGGAGCAUUCAGGGUAAAUCCACUUGUAGCGCAGGGGCUUAUACCCGAAUCCUUAGGCCACAUCCUCGUACCCCCUAGAAUGCCACCGAUGCAGGCGAAACGGCGGAAAAGCAAGGCUGUAAAGUCAGCACGCAUACUCACAGGGGAGGAAAUGUUGAAUGAGCUCCAGGUAAAUUUAUAUAGAGAAAGAAAAAAGAAAACAGGACAUUGCCGAGAGAAAACUGCAAAAAGAAAAAAAGAGGCAAUGGAGAGAAAAAUGAAAUCUGUAGAAAGGAACAGAAACGCCGUGGAAAAAAGGAAAAGGGAGGAAGAGGCAAAACAGAUUAGACGAGAAGAGAAAGAAAGAAAAAGGCAGAGACAACAAGACAGAAAAACAAAGAAAAUGGACAAUGAGGAUAUUUUAAAAAUAAUAGCUGAACAGUAG